AUGAUUCACGAGCAUCCGCGGAAGAGGCGGGCGGUGCACACACCCUCACCUUCACCCUCUCAAGCUCAAUCAGCGGCACCAUCCAAUGAUGUCCACUCGCGUGGCACCCCGAUAGACCAUCUGUCAGACGAGCUGCUCCUUCGAAUCCUCCACUACCUCGACGCCGCUAGCUUGACGAAAUUUGGAGCUUCUAAUCGACGCCACUGGAGCAUUGCUGGAGAUGCUCUGCUUUGGAAAGCCCUCUACUCGGCUGUGUUCAGCGCCGGACCGACGCUGUUGCAUCCACCGGAUGAACAGUUGAUAUCCGACCGCAGUUCAUUGCCCGUGUCUUACGAAGCCGGAGCCGAAUUCCGCGCCAGCCCAAGACAUGAUUGGAGAAAAGCCUUCUUGUCGGAGAGAAACUGGAGAGUAGGGAGGUUCAGCGUUAGUAACCUCCACACACCUCCAGCGGUCCGGGCGACAACUCAAAGGCACGCCUUUGAUGUCGCGGGCUCAUCCUUCAAGUCGACAACAGCGGCCGAGGUGGACACCGAACGGAUUGAUGUGGCAAGGCAUGUCGAAGAGCAUCCACGGCCCCCCACUCGUCGCAGUCAAGCGCGACCGCUGACACUGGUAGUCACGACGCCCACAUUCAUCCUCACGGCCUCAAGAGCGCAAGAGGUGAGGGUCGAUCAAAUGUACCCUCCAGUCCACGUUUGGGAUUCCACAAGCGAUGCAGCGGCACGGCGUGUUCGAGGGGUGCUCCAAGCCAGUACACAUACGCCUAGACAAGUCCUCACAUCGUCGGGGAUGCCAACCACUGCAGAGCAGAUUGGCGUCCACGAUCUGCAGGUGGACAGUUCCGAUCCGAAACGAAUUGCAGUUGUCUAUUCGGAUGGCGUAGCAGUGUUGUACAGGAUCGAUGGUGCGGGUGGCGAAGGCCUCUCAUACUCGGAGCAGCAACGUGUCCAGGUUGGCAAGGAUGUGUCUGCGUGCUCGUUUGCAGGACCACUGCUAGUGACCUGUACACACGACUUCACCAUCGACAUUUGGUCGGAGGACCAAGCGCAUACAUCCCCUGACGGCUGCACUCAGCAGGAGAUGCAGCUGAUCAAGCGAUUCGAUGCUUUUGGAGCGCACUGGCCAGCCUGCUUGACUCUGAGUCCUCUUUCGUCGAUAUCUACGGAUGGUGCAGCCACGUCAGGCCAAGACACAGAAAGUGUGACGUACAGACUGUCGGUCGCAUACACUGCUCAUCUGUAUCCCAAGCGCCUCAGCGUUGGUUUGCAAGAAGUCGAUAUUGCACUCCACAAACCUGGCAAUUGGUCGAGUUCGCGAGGCUCGUCAACACAGGACGCAGCCGGUGGCUCCUCGAAUACGACCCGGAACACUUUCGAGUCACGAGUGGCCGGCGCGCCAGCAGCCAGUCUUAUGAAUACAAGCAGCUUCUUCAACCCUCUCAUGAACAGCAAAUACUCGAAGGUCACCAAGGCUGCUGCCAAGCUGCCAUGGAACGAUGGCAGGAACGGCCUACCAGCUUUCCUAGGUCUUCGAAAGCGCAAGCACGCCCAGAUAGACGAGCACGCGGCGCGGCAUUCGGCAUUUCCGGUUGAUGUUCGAUACGCUGAACACGGCGAAGGUUGCUUGGCAUCCAAUCGGUCCGAGACCAUGUCGCACGACACAAAGACCGGGUUAAUUGUUGUUGGUCGCAGCGACAAUAUCAUGGAUGUGUACAGCGUCUUCCGGCCAGGACAAGAGCAGGGCGAAUCUAGAUCCACCAUCCCAUCGCCGUCUCUUGCUCACCGAGCACGUCUGUGGUCCUCGACAAGUGUUCGCAGCGUGGCGCUCGAGGGAGGUCGAUGUGUCAGCGCCGGAUCAGAUGGAGCGUUGAGCGUUUGGAGUGUUGGCGACCUAGAUGGCAACGUCGAGUCUGGCGAUCUCAACGUUGAGCAUGGCCCUCGAUUGAUAGGCACGCUCGAUCCCUCCGAAGCUCAACGCGCGUUCGGUUCUGAGAGUGACCGGCGCACACCCCACAUUCAGCCCAGCGUGUCUGUGGAGCAUGCACGCGAUGCCGAAAAGGAGCGUUUGGCGGCAGCAGGACCUUCUGGUCGAGGAGGCGGAGCGCUUGCGAAGCUGCGGAAGAUGGCACACGUCGUCACGCUGCGCUCUCAAUCGCGUGGCAAACUCAAUGAAUCGCAAGACGCUCCAAUUACGGUCUCAGAGAACACUGCGAGCACUUCUGAUUCUCAGCUGAGACCGGACUGCCCGUCUGUCUCCACGAAUGGACCCGGCUACGCUACACCGAUGACGCUUCCGCAGCUCUGGAGGAGUGUAGCAAGUACCUCUCAUCUCGAAGGCCACGCACAGAGGCCUGCUCAGGAUGUGAAAGGGCGGAAAAUGACCAUGGAUGCCCGCUUGACUACCGACCGAGACCUUGGGGAGCGUCCUUUCGGCGACGUUUCCGCCACAGAGGGCGGCCACCGAAACGUCACGAUGGCGUCGGGACCCAACGCGUCGACAGCAAGCUGGGUUUCCACUGCGUUCGAUCGAAUCGUCAGCAUUGAAUCAGUUCGUUCCGCUCCUCUUCCUCUACGUGCAUCUUCUCGUGCCGCCACAGAUUGCAGAGCCUUAAGCACCACGGACGACGGCAAUACACAAGAGACGGUGGCGAUCUAUACUUUUACAUAG